GGAGGACCAGGCCCUGCACAUGGGGGUGGUGGGAGUGCUCAGCCUGGACCCUGGCUGGGGCCUGACCACAUGUGGCCCCUCAGACAGGACACCUGGAGCCUCUGCUGUCACGGUUCACAGAAGAGGAGGAGCUGCAGAUGACCAGGAUGCUGCAGAGGAUGGACGUCCUAGCCAAGAAAGCCAGCGAGGUGGGCGUGCGGCUGAUGGUGGAUGCUGAGCAGACCUACUUCCAGCCGGCCAUUAGCCGCCUGACGCUGGAAAUGCAGCGCAAGUUCAAUGUGGAGAAGCCACUCAUCUUCAACACCUACCAGUGCUACCUCAAGGAUGCCUACGACAAUGUCACCUUGGAUGCGGAGCUGGCUCGCCGUGAGGGCUGGUGUUUCGGGGCCAAGCUGGUACGGGGCGCGUACAUGGCCCAGGAACGUGCCCGUGCUGCAGAAAUUGGCUAUGAGGACCCCAUCAACCCCACGUACGAGGCCACCAAUGCCAUGUACCACAGGAGGAACAGCCCUGGGGUGAGGAGCGUCUAGGAGCAAGAUUUAUCCCCUGAGACCAUAAGCAAUAGCUCCUCUGCUUUCAUCUCCUUCCCCCAAAACCUUUAAGGUGGUGUUUUUAAUAUGGAAAAGGUUACUGAACAAAACUAAGUGAGCUCGGCUGCCCCCAGCCAGCUCCCAUCACUUCAGACGAGAGAUGCGGCCCUCCCCAGGCCGCACACAGCCUGUCUGCUUUUCAGUCUCACGCUGGGGAUGGUCAGCUGCUCUGCAUGUGCUCUCGCUCCAUUCAUGUCUGUUGUUGCCCUGCAGUGAGUGAGGUCAGGCCAGCCUUGUACUUUCUCUCUCUGAGGCGGUGUGUGCGUGUCGGAAAUCCAGAGACCCUAGUGUCUUGCUCGCCGGCCUCUGCUCCCCGCCCGGCCCUGCCGGCCUCCUUCCGGGAGCGCUGCUGUCCGUGCCGCGGGGCCCCGUGCUGCGGUCGGCCCGCACUUGGCUCCCUGUUCUGGCGUCUCUAGGCAUGUGUGACCAGAGCCUCCCCUGUCAGUUUGUGGGGCGCCUGUGUUUGUGAGCUGGUCUCUGGGGGCUCCCAGGGUGGGUGCCGUCUGGCGGCUACAGCAGAGGCUCACACACACCUCAUCUGUUGUACCCAUGGGCGGGGACACAGCUACAUGUUGCUGGAGGUGGUCAGAGAACGAGCACCCUGCCCAGCUGUCCUCACUGCCAGACGGGGCUCUGCUCACACCCCUGCACACAGGGAGGCCAGCAUCCCCAGCCUUAAUUUCCUCAAGCCCUGGUCCAGCCGGCCACUGCCUUUCCUUCCUAACGUGUGGGGAGGCUGCCGUGGGGGCCCCCUGGAGGAGCAGGCUCACCGGCUGGCCCUGCACCUGCCUCGGCCGCUCACGCAGCCCC